AUGGAUCAGAAGGCGGUGUGUGCGGGAUGUCACCGCAUCAUCACAGACAGGUUCCUGCUUAGAGUCACCGACGGCCUCUGGCACGAGGGCUGCGUGCGGUGCUCGGCGUGCGGGGACGCGCUCAACAACUCCUGCUUUCUGCGGGACCGCAAACUUUACUGCAAGCGGGACUAUGCUGAUCUGUUUGCAGUGCGUUGUGGGGGCUGCUCCGAGGCCGUGUCUCCUACGGAGCUGGUGAUGCGUGCCGGGGCCGCUGUGUUCCACCUGCGCUGCUUCACCUGCAGCGCUUGUUCCUGCCGCCUGCAGACCGGAGACCGCUGUGUCCUCAGGGAGGGACAGCUACUGUGUGCCAGAGAGGACUACCACCAGUGUCUGGCCAGUCCCACCUCCUCGGACACAGGUAAAAGUGAGGAUGAUGAAGAAGAUGAGGAGGAGGAGGAAGAGGACUCUGAGAAAGCUACCGGCAGACGAAUCAGAUCAGAAGACCUGGAAAGUAAACGUCCUAAAAGACCUCGCACUAUUUUGACCACCCAACAAAGACGAACCUUUAAAGCCUCCUUCGAGGUCUCGUCCAAGCCCUGCAGAAAGGUAAGGGAGACCUUGGCAGCAGAGACUGGCCUGAGUGUCCGGGUUGUGCAGGUCUGGUUCCAGAACCAAAGAGCCAAGAUGAAGAAAUUGGCGAGGAGACAGCAGCAGCAACAGGAGCAGCAGCAGACUCAGGAACAGCACGAGCACCCGUCACACCAUACAGCGCCCCCCUGUGGUGGUUUGCCCUCUGAGCUGGAGCGCCUGGGCUCCUCUUAUUCCCACAGUCAGCAGCAGCAGAAACAGCAGCAGCAGAUGGGGUUCACCACACUGGAGCAGCAGGACUAUGACAUGGACCCCUUCAGACAGGGCCUGACCCCGCCUCAGAUGCCUGGGGAUCACAUGCACCCCUACGGCUUCAAGGGCCUGUACGGUGAAAUGGACAGAGAGCCUCUUUGUCAUGUGGCUGACAGGGACUGCCUCUCCCUGGGCGGCUCCUCUCUUCUUACUCCUAUUGACUGUCUCUACUCCAUGCAGGACUCGUACUUCACCUCCUGA